CAGGUCUCGGGCCCUCAAGCGGAGCGGCGGGCGCCGGACCCCCAGACGGAGCGACAGGUCUCGGGCCCUUAGGCGGAACGACAGGUCUCAGGCCCCCAGGCGGGGCGGCGGGCACCGAGUCACCAGGCACAACCGUGGGCUCCGAGUCAACUGGGAUGACCGCUGGCACUGGGUCAGACAUUGGAUCGUCUGGGCUGGACAGCGGGCAUCGGGUCACCAGGCAUCAGGUCAUUUGGCUCGACAGCGGGCACCGCGUCAUCUGGCAAGGCAGUGGGCUCCGAGUCAACUGGUAUGACCGCGGGCACUGGGUCAGACAUUGGAUCGUCUGACUGGACAGCGGGCAUCGGGUCACCAGGCAUCAGGUCAUUUGGCUCGACAGCGGGCACCGCGUCAUCUGGCAAGGCAGUGGGCUCCGAGUCAGGCACGACAGUGAGCACCGGGUCAUCAGGUAUGACAGCGGGCACUGGGUCACCAGGCAUCAGGUCAUUUGGCUCGACAGCGGGCACCGGAUCAGGUACCGGAUCAUCUGGAUCAACAGCGGGCAUCGAGUCAACUGGC